AUGAACGAGACGGACCCCAAGAGCAUCAUCAAGAGCAUCUGCGACCUGAUGACGGAGCACUGGCUGCAAGGCGUGGUGUUCGGCGAUGACACCGACCACGAGGCCAUCGCCCAGAUUCUCGACUUCAUCUCGGCGCAGACGCACAUCCCCAUCCUGGGCAUACGGGGAGGGUCCUCCAUGAUCAUGGCAGCCAAGGAUGACAACUCCAUGUUUUUCCAGUUCGGCCCAUCCAUCGAGCAGCAGGCCUCAGUGAUGCUCAACAUCAUGGAGGAGUACGACUGGUACAUCUUCUCCAUCGUCACCACAUACUACCCCGGCUACCAGGACUUUGUUACCAAGAUCCGCAGCACCAUAGAGAACAGCUUCGUGGGUUGGGAGCUGGAGGAGGUGUUGCUACUGGACAUGUCCGUGGAUGACGGCGACCACAAGAUUCAGGACAAGCUGAAGAAGCUGCAGAGCCCCGUCAUCCUGCUCUACUGCACCAAGGAGGAGGCCAACAUCAUCUUCGAGGUGGCGCACUCCGUCGGCCUCACCGGCUACGGCUACACCUGGAUCGUACCAUCACUGGUGGCGGGGGACACGGACCACAUCCCGGCCGAGUUCCCUAUCGGUCUGAUCUCGGUGUCGUAUGACGAGUGGGACUACAGUCUUGAGGCGCGCGUUAGGGAUGGCGUGGCCAUCAUUGCCAAGGCAACCACCAAGAUGAUGGUGGACCGCGGUGCCCACACACUGCUCAAGUCCGAGUGCCACGGCACCCCCGACAGCAAGAAGGGCCCCAUCACCGGGAACCCCAACGAACUUCAUAAGUACCUGAUGAAUGUGACGUUUGAGGGCCGCAACCUGUCCUUCAGCGAGGACGGCUACCAGAUGCACCCCAAGCUGGUCAUCAUCCUACUGGAUAAGGAGAGAGAGUGGGACAGGGUGGGCAAGUGGGAGAACGGCACGCUGUCGAUGAGGUACCACGUGUGGCCGCGGAUGGAGCUGGCGGGCGGCGAGAACCGCGAUGACGACCACCUGUCCAUCGUCACCCUGGAGGAGGCGCCCUUCGUCAUCGUGGAGGAUGUGGACCCCCUCAGUGGCACCUGCAUGAGGAAUACCGUGCCCUGUCGAAAACACAUUCGGGACAACGAGACGAUUGCCACUGGGAUCUACAUCAAGCGCUGCUGCAAGGGCUUCUGCAUCGACAUCCUGAAGAAGAUCGCCAAGUCCGUCAAGUUCACCUACGACCUGUACCUGGUCACCAAUGGCAAGCACGGCAAGAAGGUCAACGGCACCUGGAACGGCAUGGUGGGCGAGGUGGCGACUAAAAAGGCCCACAUGGCGGUUGGCUCGCUGACUAUAAAUGAGGAGCGCUCGGAGGUGAUUGACUUCUCCGUGCCCUUCAUAGAGACGGGCAUCAGCGUCAUGGUGUCGCGCAGCAACGGCACCGUCUCCCCCUCGGCUUUCCUUGAGCCCUUCAGUGCGGAUGUGUGGGUGAUGAUGUUUGUGAUGCUGCUGCUGGUGUCGGCCAUUGCUGUGUUUGUGUUUGAGUACUUCAGCCCUGUGGGCUACAACCGACGCCUGAUUGACGGCCGAGAGGCUGGCGGUCCUUCCUUCACCAUUGGCAAGGCCAUCUGGCUGCUCUGGGGCCUGGUCUUCAACAACUCCGUACCUGUGCAGAACCCCAGGGGUACCACCAGCAAGAUCAUGGUGUCGGUGUGGGCCUUCUUCGCUGUCAUCUUCCUGGCCAGCUACACUGCCAACCUGGCCGCCUUCAUGAUCCAGGAGGAGUACGUGGACCAGGUGUCUGGCCUGAGUGACAAAAAGUUCCAGAGGCCCAACGACUUCUCGCCUCCCUUCCGCUUCGGCACGGUCCCCAACGGCAGCACAGAGAGAAACAUCCGGAACAACUACCCCGAGAUGCACGGCUACAUGGUCAAGUUCCACCAGAAGAACGUGGACGAGGCCCUGCAGAGCCUGAAGGGGGGUAAACUGGAUGCCUUCAUCUAUGACGCGGCGGUGUUGAACUACAUGGCCGGCCGUGACGAGGGCUGUAAGCUGGUGACCAUCGGCUCCGGGAAGGUGUUUGCCUCCACGGGCUACGGCAUCGCCAUCCAGAAGGACUCCGGCUGGAAGAGGCAUGUGGAUCUGGCCAUCCUGCAGCUCUUUGGAGACGGUGACAUGGAGGAGUUUGAGGCCCUGUGGCUGACGGGCAUCUGCCACCACGAGAAGAACGAGGUGAUGAGCUCCCAGCUGGAUGUAGACAACAUGGCGGGCGUCUUCUACAUGCUGGCGGCGGCCAUGGUGCUGUCUCUUCUCACCUUCAUCGCCGAGCACGUCUUCUACUGGCAGAUGCGCUUCUGCUUCAUGGACGGCAGCUGCGGCAUGGACGGCAGGCCCGGAUUCACCUUCGCCAUCAGCAGGGAGAUCUACAGCUGCAUUCACGGGGUUGAGAUUGAGGACGACAAGAACUCGGGGCUCAACGGCUCCCCGUCGGGCACCAUGAACAACACGCACUCCAACAUCAUGCGCCUGCUGCGCACCGCCAAGAACAUGGCGUCCCUCUCGGGCGUCAACGGCUCGCCGCACAGCGCCCUGGACUUCAUCCGGCGCGAGUCGUCUGUCUACGACAUCUCGGAGCACCGCCGCAGCCUGGCGGGACACUCCGACUGCAAGCCGCCCUACCUGCCCGACGACAACAUGUUCAGCGACUACAUCAGCGAGGUGGAGAGGACUUUCAGCAACCUGCACCUCAAGGACAGCAACUUGUACCAGGACCACUACCCCUACCACCACCCCGCCUCUGGCUCCAUGCUGGGACUCACCGGCCCCCUGCCCAACAGGCCUCCGAGCCUGGGCAGCGGCAGCUCCCUGGAGGGGGGCAUGUUUGACUGCGACAGCCUGGGCGGCGGGGUGGCGCCCAUCUUCACCACGCAGCCGCACUCCGCCCUGACCCACAGGAACAUGAGCAAGUUCGACUUGCUGACCAGCCAGACUCCGCCGUCUGCGCCGGGCUUUAAGCAGGGCCUGGCCGACCUGUACGGGAAGUUCUCCUUCAAGGGCGGCGCGUCCAGCUCGGGCUACAUCGCCGGACACGACCGGUACUGCCGUGGCGGCGGCGGCGGCAGAGACAUAGACGACGGCAACUUCCCGUCGGACGUCUCGGACAUCUCCACGCACACGGUUACCUACGGCAACCUGGAGGGCAACGCCAAGAAGCGCAAGCAGUACCGCGACAGCCUGAAGAAGCGGCCGGCGUCGGCCAAGUCUCGGCGGGAGCUGGACGAGAUUGAGCUGGGCUACAGGCGGCGGCCCCACCACAGCCACCACCACUACUACCACCGCUCUGUCUCCCCGCCACUGCUGCCCUUGGAGCGCAAGCGCGGCGGUGGUGGCGGCGGGGGACUGGGAGGGCCCACCUCCUCCACCUCUUACCUCUUCCAGGACAAGGAGAGCCUGAGAGACUUCUACCUGGACCAGUUCCGGCCCAAGGAGGGCGUGCCCCAGUGGGAGCAUGUGGACCUGACGGGGGACGGGCCCGGUGGCGGAGGUGGCGGCGGCGGCAGGUCGGGCGGGGGCGGUGGCAACUGCACCAGCCUCGUGACUGUGGAUGACUUCCUGAAAAGCAAGCCCAAGAAGACGGACAGCAAGGACGUGCCAGGCAGCGGGGAGUGGGAGUGCCGGAACUGCAGGGCGAGCUCCACAAGCGCAGGCGGCAAGCAAAUGUCACUGCACGGAGCUGGUGGCGGCAUCGGGUACUCGGGGGGCGUGAGCUGCGUGGCGUCGGGUGGCGGUGGCAUAGGGGGCAGCAGUCGGCCCACCUCGGCCACCUGCAUGCGCUGCGAGGGCUGCAAAAAGACGGCGCAGGCCGGAAACCUGUACGACAUCAGUGAGGACAGCAACCACCUGUUGGAACAGAUGGGAGGCGGGGAGGCCAAGGGCCAGUCCCAGGCCCAGCGCAGGCGCUCUGGCUUCGCUGGCGGCAAGCCCCUGCGGCGCCAGCACUCCUACGACGCCUUUGUGGACCUGCAGAAAGAGGAGGCCACGGCCAGCUUUGGGGGGCUAGGGAUCGGGAUGGGUGGCAGGGGGGGCAGUGGCAUGGGGGGUGUCGGUGGUGGGAUGGACGCCAUGCUGCCUCCGCCGCGCAGCGUUAGCCUGAAGGAGAAGGAGCGCUACAUGGAGGGCAGCAGCCCCUUCGCCCACAUCUUCGACCGUCAUGGCGGCUCGGAACGGGACCGGGAUCGAGAUCCGUUUUACGGCGGCGCUGGCGAGCGGUCCAAGCGGCCAAGCUCGCCCUUCGGACUCUUUGACGGUCCGCACCGGAGGUCCGUGGGCGAGCGGGACAUGAGGGAGCGCGGCGGUGGCGGGCUGAUGGAGGGCGGGGUCUACUCGCUCUCCAAGUCGCUCUACCCGGACAGGGUCAACCAGAACCCCUUCAUCCCCACCUUCGGCGACGACCAGUGUCUCUUGCACGGCGCCAAGUCAUACUACAUCAAAAAGCAGCAGCAACAGCAGCAGCAGCUGCACAAGGGCAGCCGCUCGGACCUGCACGGCUCCAUGGGCGUCACCUCGUUCCUGCCCGCCUCCGCCACGGCGGGUGUCAUGUCCAACGUGGCCCAGCGCUUCCCCAAGGAGCUCGUUCUAGGGGGCAUGGGUGUAGCGGGGGGGCCCAUGGGCAACCACCUGGGGGGGCCCGGUGGCAGCAAACUGGGUCUGGUUCCGCCACGACCCUUCAACGGCUCCAGCAACGGCCACGUGUACGAGAAACUGUCAAGCAUUGAGUCAGACGUUUGA